GAAGAAGACUUUAUCGAGGAACAAGGACUCUCCUGAUCCUCCUUUGGACUCCGAUGAUCAAGCAGACCUGGAAGAAUCAAACAAGAGGUUCCAGGCGUUGUACAAGGAGAUCGGUGACACCAUGGAGUACCAGACCCUCCACUAUGCGGUACCUUUCAAAACUCGUUUGACCCCUGAGAUCGAGGAUGCUGUGAAGCACGUGUAUCUUCAAAUAAGGCGCCUCAGACAAAUGGCCGAGCUGAAGCAGGUCACUUUGAUCUUGAUGAGCGGUGGCAAGGUGGAGUUUAUGUGGGUCCGUCACAUGAGCUACGGCAAGGACAUGUUGUUCGCUUUCCAUCGGGAAGAGUUGCCAGUUUUCUGGCGCCGUCUCGAAGAGCUGCAGGUGUUUGGACAGAUGACGAGAGUCCAGCUGUUCGACUUCUGGGAGGCCGCACACCACAACUCAUGGCAUACAGAUCCUUUAGUCCUUCAGAACCUUCAGAAGUUCCCUCAAAUCAUGGAGAUCCACUGGGGCAUCCUUGGCAUUAUGGGAAGUGCAGCAGUUGUUCACGAGGGCGGCGCGAAGAAAACCCAGAGGAAAGGCUACAAGUUGGACAACUGGUUGCCAAAUGUGACUCGGUUCCUUGCGAAGUUUGCUGGGGAGUUCAUGGGCGCAGAGCAGUUUGCCACAGUGGUGAUACAGCGUAAUGGCGGUGGUAAAGCCCAUCGGGACUUUCAUAACUUCCCUGGAUCCCGUAACUGGUUGUGUCCUUUGACUUCCUUCGAAGGCGGCGGUUUAUGGACUCAGCUAGAGGGCUCAGAAGAGAAGGAGGGUUCCUUUGAGGUUGUGGAGAAGGAAGUGAAGCCAAGUUUGCGUGUACAAGGUCGUGUUCGCGAGACCAAAAAGGGGGAGGUGUUCUCCUUCAAUCCCAUGAUGUGGCAUGAAGUGCAACCUCAUGCUGGAGAUAGGGUCAUGGUCAUUGCAUAUACACCGAGGCUCAGUAACUUGGACGGGGCCGAAGCUGAUUACUUGAAAGACCUCGGGUUUCCAAUCUUCGGUGAGGAGGAGACUCAGUCUUUGCAUGACCAAGUUGUUCCUGAUCCUCCAGGGGACGAGGAGCGCGUGCUGGCCAAGGACUUGCGUCAGGCGGGCAAGCUUGUCGAAAGGGAAGCGGAGAAGGUGGAGUUUAGCAUAACUCAGAUGCUAGACCAAGCAGCUCGAAGACUUUCUCAGCAAGACAGGGCUAUGCUUCGAGUGUGCCUGAAGGCGGCCUCUGAGACAAACGAGCCGGACUACGAAGACCUUCUCGAGUCCCUGGAGGGCGAGCUUCAAGUGGUUCAUACCGUUCCUCUCUCCCAGGUCAAGCCGGUCGUUGACAGAUGGCAUGCAGCCAUACGCAAAGAGCUUGACAACCUCUUCAAUGGAGGAACUUUGGUGGAGAUAAGUCGCGAGGAGGCGCGCUGUUUAGAACGCCAAGGAGUCUUGAGAUUGGUGCCGAGCAAGGGCGUACAUACGCUCAAAACUCCGGCUAACAAGAACGAGAAGUACAAGAGAAAAUAUCGCCUUGUGCUCUGCGGCAAUCUUGCCGCUCCUGAAGAGCAGUUCGGCUCGCUGUAUGCAGGAGGCGCAUCGGCCGAAACGUUCAGGACUGUGCUGGCAGUAGCUGCUGGAAAAGGGUGGCUCGGCGCAACCGCCGAUAUCACAGGGGCAUUCCUCCUUGCACCUUGGCCAGAGCACCUUCACAGAUACGCG